AUGAACAGUUCGUGUGCUGACAUUGCCGUGGAUCUUUGCAGAGGCGGUGGUCGGGUGUUCUUGUUGCUGCUGUUGGAUGCGGAAGGAGGGGCCGAGCGCAAGUGGUUCUCCGGCCACCCAGGGCGCUACGACUUGCUCUUGGAGGAGGAAAGCCUCGUAGACCCCCGGGAUUUCCAUCCAUCCUGGAACAAGCUGGCUUACGCCCGUCGUGUAUUAAUCCUGGGCGACUAUGAUGCUGUUGUGUGUAUGGAUGAUGACAUCUUCAUCACGAAUCCCAGGAUCGAUCCCAUCCACGAUGCCCUAGUGGAGCACUUCAGCGAAGACGUUACACCAGAUUCUGAGAAACUUGUCGUUGCCUCCCUGGACGAGCAGGAAAUCAGCCGCCGCCGACCCUCCGCGUCAACGGGCGAGUGCCCUUCAACACUGGUGUGCUUGCGCUGCGAUCUUCGCCACUGA